AUGGACUACACGGAGAUCGCCCGAUCGGCAGCCGAUAAGCUACUGUCCUACAGGAGGGAUCCCAGCGGCUGGAAGCAAUGCAAGAAAUCUGGUGAUGUAGCUGUAUAUUGGAGACCUUCAUCGGAGUUCACGGGCAACUUAUACAAAGGUGAAGGCAUUGUGGCUGGAAAGCCAGAAGAUGUUUGGCAAUGUUUUAAAACCAGAGGCGGGUGGAUUGAGAGUCAAAUGGGACAGCAAUGUGGAUGAUUUUCAACUUUUGGAAACCAUAACUGAGGAUAUCUCGAUCUGCCGAACUGUAACCCCAUCUGCAGCAAUGGGCAUUAUCGCACCUAGAGACUUUGUAGAUGUAGUACUGAUCAAGAGUUAUGAAGAUGGUUCUAUAGCAUCUAAUGCAACAAAUGUUGAACAUCAAAGCUGUACUCCCCAGCGGCACUUUGUUAGAGGCUUUAACCAUCCUUGUGGCUGCUUUUGUGUUCCUGUACCUGGGUAA